UAAUGAUUAAGACAAUCCUUGUGAAUAUACCAUCGUAUAUUGAAGACUCAAACUAUAGAUAUAAGAUGCCAAAACCUUAACUUAAGAUUGAAGGUAGAGGAAAUGGUAUAAAAACAAACAUAAUGAAUUUACAUGAGAUAGCAAAGGCUUUAAAAUGUCAUGAUUAAUGUUUAGACUAUUAAUUAACUUAGAUCCUUUAAAAUAUUUGGGUUUUGAGUUUGGUUCUUAAACUUCUUAUAAAUUUAAAAAUGACAACGAUGUGACUUGUAUUAUAAAUGGCGCCUUUUAAGAUGAUUAAAUAAGAAAAUAAUUAGACAAAUUUAUAGAGAAAUACAUUCUUUGUUAAAAAUGUAGAUAUCCAGAGAUGUAUAUGAAAAUAAAGGGAGGUAAGAUAAUAUAUGGAUAAUGUGAUUCUUGUGGACAUGUCAGUGAUUUAGAUAAUGCUCAUAGAUUGGCAAGUUAUAUAUUAAAGAAUCCUCCUGAUGGAAAUUAAUCAAUAAUAAGUGGUUCAAAAGAAGUUUAGAUUAUACAUAAUGAAGGCUAGAAUGGAAAUAAGGAGGAUAAGUAAAAAAAGAAGAAAAUAUUGGCUGAUGAAGUAGGUUUGGAAUCUGAGUUACUAGAAUCGUUUUUAAUUCAAUUAAGAGAUACAUAUAGUAGAUUAGUAGUAAAUGAAAAAAUUGAUAAUGAUAUUGCUGAUAUGAUGUUAACUUAAGAUAUAAAGAAAUUCAAUUUAGAUAAAAAUUUGAAAGAUAGAGUUUGUUAUUUGAUUUUUUAGAGUAUGUUUGAUGAAUUACCUACAAAAGGAUUAUAAAGAAAUUAUGAAUUAUUAACGAAUUACUUUAAUGAUUUAGAUCCCUAAUUAUCUUAAUGUCAUAUGAUGUUGAAUAUCAUAUAUUUAAUGAAGAAAAGAAACAUUGAUGAUGUAUAUUUUUGCACAGUCUUAAAAGGAUUUUAUGAUUAUUCAUAUAUCGAAGAACAAUAUUUAUUAAAGUGGUAUGAUAAUUAAGAAGAAUGGAAAAAAGAAGCAAAUCAAGAUUUCUUAUAUAAUGAAUAAUUAGAUAAUCAUUAUAGAUAAUUGAGUUAACCAAUGAUCAAUUGGAUGAAGUAAUAUAAUUAAUCUAAUAAUUUUUAGAUCAUAGACAGGAUAAGAAGAAGAAUAUUAUGAAGAAGAAGCUGAAGCUGAACAACCAAUUGAAUAAUAAUGACACA